UGUUCCUUUAAGAGCCGUGGAGGCGGUCCGGACCGGGCUGGUACCGAGCAGCUGCACCGCAGGACGGGUCCAGAACUAUCCGGACCUCCUGUCCGUCCGGGACGUUUCCAGCAGGAUGUCUGCAGGAGGAAACCUGGUGUCGGUGGACUUUGAGAUCUUCGGUCACGUUCAGGGUGUCUGCUUCAGAAUGUACACAGAGAAGGAGGGUCUGCGGCUGGGCCUGGUGGGCUGGGUGAAGAACACCCACGGCGGAACGGUGGUGGGACAGGUGCAGGGUCCGGCUGACCAGGUGGAGGAGAUGAAGGUGUGGUUGAGUAAAGAAGGAAGUCCAACGAGUCGGAUCACCAAAGCCAAGUUCACCAACCAGAAAGCCAUCGAUACGGUGGAGAUGUCCGGCUUCAAGACUCGGUUCUGAGCUGCUGCAGAGCUUCUGCUGCAGAGCUUCUGCUCCACAGCUUCUGCUCCAAAGCUUCUGCUGCAGAGCUUCUGCUCCACAGCUUCUGCUCCUGCCUCUGGGACUGUGGAAACGCUGAGAACUUGUCCUGGAGCUGACCACCAACCUGUUAAAGGCUGAGAUCUGAUCUAUUUAUGAGGACAGUUUAAGGGUUUUAAUGAAUUCUUUAAAUUCAUUAAAAUUUAAAGAAUUCAAAUAUUUAAACAUUUAAAGCAUAAAUGUUGAAAAUAAACACUGUAAAACCUAAUUACAGGCAGCAUUUCUGCAUGGAGCCAUCACAUGGAGGCAGGUUGCUAUAAAACGCCCCAAACACUUAAGAUUGAGUUCAUUUAAGUUUUUAAAGAUAAAAACUGUUACUUUUAUGUUUUUAAAGCUCCUUUAUUUUUUUCCAUUUGUUUCACAAAAUGUUCUUUCUGCUGAGCUUAUAUUUAUUUAAUUUCUCCACCUGGAGCAUAAAUAAACCCACAUGGGUUAUCUGCGUUUAAGGUUAAAUUAAUGCCACUGAAUUACCGCUAGUCUUAAUGGUUCUGGACAAAUAAACGUGUGUUGUCACCCAGCGAGA